UAUUCAUACAAUUUUUCCGUUCAAAAUGUUCCUUUGAGAAUGCAAUUAUUAAGAGAUAUAAUUUUGAAUACGCGGGUGCCUCUGAUUAUUGACGAUUUCCCGAUCGACUGGGAAUGCUUCAAGGGAUCGCUGCACGAUUGGUGCGAACGCUUUGACAAGGAGGCGGCUGGUGCGCCGGCUUUUGAGCUCAUGUCGAUGACGGACUGCAGCACGCCGCAAUGGGAGCGAAAGCGCACGAGGGUCAACAUGAGCAUGCAGAAGUUCCUGCGGGACUACGGAUACCUGGAGGAUGAUCAGACGCACUGGGCAGCCUAUCAGUACAAGCGAGCCCACGAGGUGCCAGUGAGCUGCUUGAAAGGCAUCGACUUCUCGUGCUUUGGCUUCGCGGAACACCAGAACGAUUUCACCUUCUGGCUGGGCUCGGAGCAAGCCAAUACGCCCUGCCACUACGACACCUUUGGCGUGAACAUUGUGGUGCAGGUGUACGGCAGCAAAUCCUGGCUGCUCUUUCCACCCGACACGCCGCUGCAGUCCACGCGGGUGCCCUACGAGGAGUCCAGCGUAUACUGCCUGGAUAACUUCUAUGCCCCUGCGGGGGACAAGCUGCCGCGCUUAAUGGAGUACAGCAAUCAGGCCCACCAGUGCACACUCCGAGCGGGGGAUGUUCUCAUCGUACCCCGUCACUGGUGGCACUAUGUGGAGGCGACGGAGACGUCGCUGAGUGUCAACUACUGGGUGCCGCUUAAGGAGGACAUGGACCUGGCGCUGGACGAGUUUCUGGUGAAGCACAUUGUCGAGAGCUUUGUCAAGGGCGAAACCGAGCAGACGAAGCAGUACCUAUUGAAUCCCAAUCAACUGGAGGACAUCUCCGCGACGCCCAGCGAACUCUUUGCCCAGUUCCAGCAGGCCGUGCAGAGUGCCGAGAGCGGGGAGCACAAACGGAAGACUUGGGAAACCGAUUACCUGACCCAGUCCAACUUUAGGGAGCUCAUCAAAAAAGUGCCACUGACAGUGCGACCCAUGGAGGUGAUGCCCAAGGAGGAAUAUAAAUUAUUGCUGGAAUCCAACUCGAAGCGGCUGCAAGCGGCGGAGACGGAAACUGUUGCUGCAUCGAGUGCGCCAAUCAGCUCCACACUGGAGCUCCUCAUCAGCAGCAUGUGUGCCCCGCGCACCAUUGCGGGCAUGAAGCGCGAGUUCUUCAGGAGACUGAGGCAGGGCGACGGCGGCGUGUAAGUGUAAUAGCACUAAAAACGUUUAUUGUGAUACGUGAUAAUAUUUGUUGCAUAUAUGAGAUUAAAAUCCAAAAAGCCAUCAACAUGUAUGAU